AUGCCACGUGGGCAGCCAGGUGAUUGGUCCCUGCAGGGAUCCGAGGGGAAGUACAGUUUCAACCCCGAGACUUGUGAGCUGGACCUGGGGGAAGGUGCACGCGGAAAGCGGAAAGGAAAGGUCCGUGGCGCGCUUUGCACCAAGAAAGAGUGGCACAAAUCUCGGUAUGGGAUCAGCGAGGCCAUUGGUGGCACUCGUGAAAACGGCGUGGAGAAAGUGGCCGGCAUGCGCGAGGCUGGAAGCCUGGAGCCCAAGUCACCCCAUGGCAGACAAAAAAUCAAUGUCAGAGGCUUCUAUUGCCGACCUAUCCAGCAGGAGCCCCUGCGUCCUUCGUCUGCAGAUGCUGCGAUACGUGCUGGAGCAAGCAUCCAGAUCAAGUCCAGCGAGAUCAUGCGGGAGAUCCAGGAUGAGGAGGAGAACGAGGGAGCGCUCUUCGUGUUACCAUCCCAGCUGAAUGGGGCGGAAUACACCUCGCACGAGAGGCGGUCUAUUGUUGAAGUGGUCGAGGAGUACAAGCGCGACAACACGGGCGGCCCGCGUGGCCAGUUGGCCGCACAUCCCGCGGCAGCGCAGUUCGUCAUUGACAAUGCGGCCAAUGAACGGCAGCAGGAAGGAAUCAAUGCAGUUGAUCAACUCCUAAAGGUGGAGGGCAUCAAGGAAGUCUUAGAAUUGAGAAAUGGUUAUCUCGAAAUCAAGGAGCCCAAGGAUGAGGAGCUUGAAAAGCAAGUCCUCGCAUUGAUGGAUGAGAAUCUGCACAGCUUGCGGCCAUUGGUCAUGGAAGACAUUCCCGCCUCAGGCUUGACGCCGAACAAGGGUCGUCGAGCGACUGAUAUGCAGCACAAGGUGGGCCUGGUCUAUGCUUCUGCCGUACCGGUGCAGGCUUACAUGAACAAAGGACCAAAGGCUGCGAACAGGGCAUUUCAGGAAUGCGUCGCGCGCCGUAUUCUCACAGCGCAGUAUUUCGGUGCUUUGAAGCAUGCUGCCGAAUGGGCCUCUGAGAAGAAGCUGCAAAGGAAAGUUUUUUUGAUGCCUUUGGGUGGCGGUGUCUUCAACAAUCCCUGGGAGUCCAUCUGUAGCAGCAUGGCCAAUGCGACUCUUGGAUUCGCGCUGUUCGCCUGUUUUGACCUCCUUGGUUCUACAAGGUGGUGCCCCAUUUAUUGA